UCAUGAAGCUUCAUUAAUAGACUUUGAAAAAAGGAGUUCUAUAUCACAAGCUAGAUUGAGAAGAUGAAGAUUCUUUGUAAGCAAUCUUGGUUUAUAUUCCUAGUCGUGGCUUUUUCUCUUGGUGUUAAAAAGAUUCACUCUGCAGGAACAAAUGGACAGAAAGCUCACUUCCAAGUCGAAGAUAAGUCAGGAGAUUUGAAGAUUACAGCGACGAAAGACUUAGCCAAAGUCACCGCUCAAGCGGAUUCGGUACAAGUCGUCGUGAAACCAGGAAUGGCUGAAUAUCCUGUGCUCAAGUCAGAUAAACCUAUAGUUCAUGUUGUGAACGGAUGGAAUACGAUGUCCUUUAGAAAGUCAUUCAUCCCAGAGAAGGUUAAAAAAAUUAACAAUACUUACAGCGGAAAAGAAGGGAAUAAAAAGGCACGAACGAGAAGUGAUUCCGUGAAGAGUUCUCGUACGUCCUCUAGCUUUGUUUCAACAGGAAAAUUGGCUGCUUCUAAAAGUAAAUUUAACCGAAAUUCGCAGAGAUUCAAAAGUCAAAGAAAGAACCAUCGUCUUCAUUUACAAGAGGGAAAGAAAGGCGAAGUCCUAGGGAGCAAAAAAUCGAAUUUCGAAACAGGAUUUCGUGUUACUGGGACAGCCGGCAAACUCAAAAUGGAUGUCACGAAGAAAGAGACAGAAGUAUUAAGUGAGUCAGGGACUUUAGAUGUUUUUCUGAAGCAAAAGCCUGCCUCUAAACAGACAACAAAACCAGGUAAUGAUGUCUCAGGACGGAAUGCCGAUCAAAUUCAACAUGGUACUCCAGAAUGGCACGUUAUCAAUGAUAUUGGUUUACGAAAAUCGCUUGUACCCGUGAAGGGACACAGACGACAUUCGAAGAUGUAGAGGAGACAGUGGAAGGAAGAGAAAUUAAUUGGGAGGCCGGGGUUUGGGGUGUGGUGGUUUGAAUCAAGCUCCCACACGCACGUAUGUUGCACGAUAUUUUUAUGAUACAACCUUUCUUUGGUUACAUUUGACGUCAUUUCUGAUCUGGUUGACAGCACAUGAUGCUUGUUGCAGGAAGAUAAAAUCAAACUACAUGUAAAUUUACCUUUAGUUGGAGGCUAAUAUUUUACUUUGUCUUUUUCUCUGUAGAGAUAAAACGAUUUAUAAAA